AUGCAGACUGCCCCAAAAGCCUCGCCUGCCUGCAAGCACAAGCCCGAGACCAUCCGGCUCAUCACCAAGGACUUCAUCCGUGAUGUUGUUGUCCCUGUAGAGAACCCACCAGCAUUCCUCAUCAUUGGCCAAGAGGAUUUCCAGCGCAUCCAAGCAGCAGCUCGAGUCCUGACCAAGGAGGAGCAUGAGGCCAAGCUGGCAGCCCUCAAAGCAGAGAAGAGAGCUGCUCUUGAGGCUGCAAGUGAGCGCAAGAGCGUGGCAAAGCAAAAGGCCGGCCUGCAAAAGGCGAAGCUGAGCGACCUGGAGGAGGAGGCACGGGAACGGGCCCAGAACCUGCUGCAGCGGGCAAACAGGAUGCGCAUGGAGCAGGAAGAUGAGAUCAAGGAGUUCAGCCAGCUGAUCCUUGGCACCAAGUGCCACAUGAUCCGUGACAUGCAGAUCCUGGAGAAGCGGCUCAUUGCAAAAGAGCUGGAGGAAGAAGAGAAGCGCCUGGACAAGAUGAUGGAGGUGGAGAGGAACAAGGCCAGUGAGAUGCAGGAGGAACUGGAGCACAGAAGGAAGCAGGAGCUGAUUAGAGGGAGGCAGGAGCUUGUAAAGCAGAUUGAGAAGAACGCGGAGGAGCGGGCUAUGAGAGCUGAGCAACAGCACCAGGAAGCUCAAAGGAUGCUGGAGUACUUGGAGCAGCUGAAGAUGGAGGACCUGAAGGAGUUGGAGCGGAAACAGGAGCAACAGAGGAAAAUCCAGGCUGAGAUUAAAUUUGUCAAUGAUGAGAACCAGAAACUCAAAGAGGAGCAGCGGGAGCAGGAGAGGAUGGCAGAUGAACGGGUGCUUGAGUACCAGAGGCAGAAAAUGGAGCGCGAGGCCAAGCUCGAAGCUGAGCAGCAGAGAAUCCGUAAGGAGAAGGAGAUGGAGAUGGCGCGCUUGAGGGCCAUGCAAGAGAAGGCCCAGGACCAGCAGGCAGAGCAGGACGCGCUGAGGGCCAAGCGCAGCCAAGAAGCUGCUGAGCGCGAGUGGCGGCGCAAGGAGAGGGAAACAGCACGGCAGAGGGCGGAGGCAGAGGAGAACCUGAAGCGGAGCCGCCUGGAGCAGAUCGCCCAUCGGGAGCACCUCAUGGCUGUGCAGGUGCAGCAGGACCGCAAUGAGUUUGAGAGGAUCCUCAGGGCCCAGCGGGAACAGAUUGAGAAGGAGAAGGCAGAGGCAGAGCGGAGGGCACGUCUGCAGCUCGCCCACGCGGACGAUGUCCGGCGCCAGGUGCGGGAGAGGCAGCAGCAGCUGGUGCAGGAGCGGGUGGUCGCCUUCGAGGAGAGUCGGCGGCUGCAGGAGGAGGCUCGCCAGCGCAGCCAGCGCAUUGCCCAGCUCAAGCAGCAGAAGCUGCAGGAGCUCAGAGCCGCCGGCAUCCCUGAGAAGUACUGUGCCCAGGUGGAGCGGAGGGUUCGGCGUCAAGCGAAAUCAGCCUCUGGUGAAGCUCAGCACCAUCAGGAGUUGAGCUCCGGUUCCCCAGCAACUUAG